AUGCUCGCUCCAUCAUAUUCCAUUUUCGAAACUUUUUCAAAGACCAUGGAGGGUAGACUUAUUAAAUCCUUAACAAUGAUGAUGGUGAUCCUGAUGAGUGCCUCAGCUAAAAUACCCACCACCAUAGACGGCCCAUUUAACCCGGAAACUCGAAAAUUCGACCCAUCACUUCGUCGAGGCAGCGACGAUUUGCCCAUGAAUCAUACCAGAUUAAAGAAAAAUGUGACUUCAAAUUUUCCAGAACAAAUUGCUUUAGCACUUUCCACUCCAAAUUCCAUGUGGGUUUCAUGGAUCACUGGCGAUGCACAAAUUGGGAAGAAUGUGACGCCACUCGAUCCAUCGACUGUUGCUAGUGAAGUGUGGUAUGGAAAAAAAGUGGGGGUGUAUUCGAAGAAACGACAUGGAGUUUCAGUGAUUUAUAAUCAGUUGUAUCCAUUCAAGGGGCUUCUUAAUUACACUUCCGGGAUCAUCCAUCAUGUCAAAAUUGAUGGUCUUGAACCUGGUACGACUUAUUACUACAAAUGUGGAGACAGUUCUAUUCCGGCGAUGAGCGACGAGCGUGUUUUCAAAACGUUACCGUUGCCCAGCCCUAACGCAUACCCUAGUAGAAUCGGAGUCGUCGGAGACCUUGGCCUCACUGCAAAUACGACCACCACUAUCGAUCAUCUGAUUCAAAAUGAUCCAUCUCUUGUUGUAAUGGUGGGUGACCUAAGUUACGCUAAUCAGUACCUUACAACCGGUGGCGAUGGUGCUUCCUGCUUCUCUUGUACUUUUCCCGAUGCCCCAAUUCGUGAAACAUAUCAACCCCGUUGGGAUGGAUGGGGAAGGUUCAUGGAGCCCUUGAUCUCUAGAGUACCCAUGAUGAUCAUUGAAGGUAACCAUGAGAUCGAACCACAAGCUUCUGGUGUCACUUUUGAAUCAUAUCUAAAAAGAUUCGCAGUUCCCUCGAAAGAGUCGGAUUCUAACACGAAUUUCUACUACUCAUUUGAUGCGGGAGGCAUACACUUCAUCAUGUUAGGAGCAUAUAUUGACUACAAUAGAACCGGUGCACAAUAUUCGUGGCUUCAAAAGGACUUGAGAAAAUUAAACCGAAGUGUGACACCUUGGUUAGUGGCUGCAUGGCAUUCCCCUUGGUACAAUAGUUAUUCCUCACAUUAUCAAGAAUUUGAGUGUAUGAGGCUAGAAAUGGAAGAACUUUUGUAUGAGUAUCAUGUCGACAUUGUGUUCUCUGGUCAUGUGCAUGCUUAUGAGCGGAUGAAUAGAGUGUAUAAUUACAGUUUAGACCCUUGUGGGCCCGUGUAUAUAACAAUUGGAGAUGGUGGUAACAUUGAGAAGGUUGAUGUUGAAUACGCAGAUGAACCAGGAAAAUGUCCUUCACCUAGUGAUAAUACACCCGAAUUUGGAGGGGUAUGUCAUACAAAUUUUACCUCUGGUCCUGCAAAGGGCAAAUUUUGUUGGGAUAAACAACCCGAAUGGAGUGCGUAUAGAGAAAGCAGCUUUGGACAUGGCAUCCUCGAGGUUGUGAAUUCUACAUAUGCACUAUGGACAUGGCAUCGAAACCAGGAUAUUUAUAAGGAAAACGACGUUGGUGAUCAGAUCUACAUUGUUCGCCAACCUGAGUUGUGUUCGGUUUCUCCACAGAUUGAUGUAACAGCUUAGUCAAACGAAGCAAUCGGAUGCAACGGGAUUCGGAGUGCAUGAUUUGCGUGGUUCAUCAUCUUGUUUCUUGAUCUUUGUCAUUACCUUUACAUGGCUUCAUUUUCUGUAACCAAUGUGUGUUGUAGCUUUGCCAAAAAAAAAAAAAAAACAGUUUUUCUUACUCUUGGUGGUUAAUUUGUAAUUAAAAGGUCCCAUGU